GUUAGUGUGGUUUUGCUGGUGCAACAAUCAGUCUUCACAAUUUUAUCUAGUAAUGACGGACCAGUAGUUGCAGUAGUCAGUCAGUAUUAUUAGAAGGGAGUGAUAAAUAAUUUGGCUGUGCAUUAGAUUGAUUCGCUUAAAAUGCUUCUGUUAGAUUUCCUCACCAAUUGCUAAUCUAAGUAGUUGAGUAUUUUUUGUCAGCAUAGUAGGAGUGGUGGUAGCAAUCCAAUAGCUUAAUUUUUUCAUGUGGUCAUCAAAUGUAACAAACGAGACCAACUUUGGAUUUGUGCAACUGACAACAAUUAGCUCAGCCAAACAAUCGCGAGCACACCAAUGGGAGAAAUAUUAAACGUGUCAUAAAGCUCAAUUUAAUGGACUUGAUUCAUAAUAAUUCGUCUGUUCCUCCUCAACUCCGUCAUUAAACUGUGUGUUAAGGUAACAAUCACAAAGUUGACGUGGAAGAAGGAAUGUCUAGAUUUCCUCGAGUUCAGUUGUGGUUCUAGCGUCCUAAGGAACGGAAGGAUAUUGCAUCAAGUCCGUAUGUAUUUUGGUUGUGGAACACAAGACCAAUAAAAAAAGAAAGGGACUUCAGUUUCUGCUCUGUUGUGGACUGUUUUUCAUUCGGACAAAGUAAACAUAAUCAAGUAUAAGACAUGGUUUGCUUGACUUUGCAUAGUUUAAUCAAAUUGUGUGUACUUCAUGCCGUGUGGAUCGUGGGUGUGAAAUCGCAGACACUUACACGGCUUGGCCAUCUAAACGUGAACAAAGAAUUUGUUACCCUUUCUGGGUUUAGUUCUGGAGGAACAUUUGCUCAACAACUGUAUGUCUCGCACUCGUCAUUGUUCUCCGGGAUCGCAGUGUUCUCUCACACUUACUACCGAUGUGGCAUUGGAAAUGGUAUCCUUCGAGACUACGACGCUGUAUGCACAACAACGGGAAACUUGAGAAACAAUGAAUUGUACGACCCCAACAAUGCACUUGGGGAUAUUUAUAAUUACUUUGCUUCCGGGUUGAUUGACGACCCCAGUCACAUGGCGAAUAAACCUUUGUACGUUUUUGCUGGAACGCAAAACUACUUAUUUACUGCGGACAUGAGCUUGAGAAUUCUACAAGUAUUUGAACCGUUUAUUAACAAUCCACACUCCAUUAAGACUCACGUUGCUGCUGCAAAUUUAACUCUGCCGAGUAAUCGUCCUGACCUUCCAGGGUGUGCAGAUCCACCAAAUUCUGUUCAGGUCAGCAAUUGCGGUUUUUCUGGUCCACUCGAGUCUCUUCAGUUUUUGUUGGGAGGAGAAGCUGUAACUCCCCCUCAAAGAUCCGUGAAGAUUCAGCCGUUGCUUCCCUUCGAUCAAUCUGAAUUCUUCUACGGAACUGAGCGUCAUGACAUGGAUCAAGUUGGAUUUGUAUACGUUCCAAAGGUUUGCCAAAGCAAUGAAAUUAAAUGCCUUUUGCAUUUCUACUUCCACGGCUGUAGCACAGGAAGAGAAUAUGUCGGACCAGACCACAUUCUUAAAAGUGGAUGGCUUGAAGUAGCGGAAACGAAUGGAAUUAUAAUGAUUUUCCCACAAGCAGUCUCAAGUCGUGAGAAUACAAUUGGAUGCUGGGAUACUUUUGGAUUCACAGGACAACUUUAUGCCACGAAAAAGGGAGCUCAGGUCACCGUUUUGAAGAAUAUAUUGGACAGAGUUUUGGGAAAAGAGUUUUCCACAAGCAUGGCCACGAGUCGAAGGCCAUAUCCUGAAUUAAUACAUGGACCACCCAGAAGUACGGGUCCGGCUCCUUCUAGUCAUUCCGACUACGCCUUCACGCCAGGUCAGGCAUCACACUCGGGUUUUGAGCUAACAGGACCAAGUUCGCCACCUCGCUUUGUCGAUCCAGUGACCUUAUCAAACCCACCUUCAGGAACUUCAGUGUCCGGCAGGGAAGAAAUUGGACCACAAUAUUUCCCUCCGCAGUUUACACGGGGUUUAAUACAGCGAAAUUUCAAAACAGAUGGGGUAAAUCCUGGGCUUGGCACCAAGUGCACCCUUUCGAUGGUUCAUCCGAACACUAUUUACCAACGAUGUUUUACAAACUAGCAAAAAACCAGUAAUUAACACACAAAAAUCAAUGUGCUAUAUAAUAUUGUAUAUUUAUCCAAUAGACACUUGGAAAUCUUUGUUUAUGGUAAUAAAUGCUACUAAUAAGCGUUGCUACAAU